AUGUCUGAGUCCAAGGAAUUCACCCUCCAGGAGGUCACCGGCCACAACACCAAGAAGGACCUCUACAUGGUCAUCCACGACAAGGUCUACGACUGCACCAGCUUCGUCGAUGAGCACCCCGGUGGUGAGGAAGUUCUCCUGGACGUCGGCGGCCAAGAUGGAACCGAGGCCUUCGAGGAUGUCGGCCACUCCGAUGAGGCGCGCGAGAUUCUCGACGGUCUGCUUGUCGGCAACGUGAAGCGCAUGCCCGGUGAUCCCGCGCCCAAGUCACACGGCGCCACCUCGAGCUCAUCGGCCACCACCGCCAGCUCCGGUGGCUUCGGUGUCGGUCUCUACGCCAUCAUCCUCAUCGGUGGUGCCAUUGCCUACGGUGCUUACAACUACCUUGAGGCCCAGAAGGCCCAACAGUAA